AGAGCAUACACGUUGAUAGUCGAGUUGUGGGACAAGGACAAACACGGACCAGACGACUUGAUCGAACGGACGGUGCAUACUGGCAUGAUUGUCCCGGGGCAGGAGUGGCAUACGAUUUCAGCCACGGGCAUUUCCGCUUCCACCAGCUUCCGGUUGCGAGUCCGUUGCGAUGAGCAUUAUUACAACACUACGUGCACAAAGCUGUGCCGUCCAAGGGAUGACAACUUUGGUCACUUCACUUGCGACACACAAGGCGAUAAGAUCUGUCUACACGGCUGGAUGGGGAGGGAAUGCGACAUAGCCAUAUGCCGACAAGGCUGUCAUGCAAUUCACGGUUCUUGUAACAAACCUGGGGAAUGCCGAUGUGCGUACGGGUGGCAGGGCCCCCUGUGCGACCAGUGUAUCCCCUACCCCGGGUGCAAGCAUGGCUCAUGUAACGGUUCUCCCUGGCAGUGCAUCUGCCACCUCAACUGGGGCGGCAUCCUCUGUGACAAAGACUUGAACUAUUGUGGACGUCAUCACCCGUGCAAAAACAAUGGUCUAUGCAGGAACACGGCACCAGAUAAUUAUGAGUGCUCCUGUCCUCUGGGCUUCUCUGGGAAGAACUGUGAGAUUGCCCAGCAUGCGUGCUCCUCCCAGCCGUGCAAGAACGGAGGCUCGUGCGUUGACGUCAUGAGCGGCUUCGUGUGUAACUGUGCCGCUGGUUGGACCGGCCACACGUGCCACAUAGAUGUUGACGAGUGUACGUCCAACCCGUGUCUGAACGGUGGUCUUUGUGUGGAUAAAGACAACGGUUACCACUGCGAGUGUCCUAGGGGCUGGCAGGGCCCCCACUGCCAGCUGGACGCGGAUGAGUGCCACGGGAGUCCGUGUGUGAACGCCCUGGCCUGUAGGAAUUUGCGUGGGGGAUUCAUCUGUGACUGCCAACCCGGCUGGACCGGGAAACGCUGUGACGUCAAUAUCAAUGACUGUGAAGAAGUUGUCUGCGCUAAUGGGGCGUUCUGUAUGGAUACUGUGGAUGACUUCUACUGCGCGUGUUUGCCUGGCUUUACUGGUCGCUUCUGUGAGCAAGAGAUCGACGAAUGUUCCAGCAAUCCGUGUCUCAACGGCGCCCUCUGCCACGACAAGCGAGCGGCCUUCCAGUGUGACUGUCUGCCGGGUUACUCUGGUUUGUUCUGUCAGACGGAUGCCGAUCCUUGCAGUCCCAACCCCUGCAAACACGACUCCACUUGCUUCAACAUCCAGGGAGAUUUCUACUGCCACUGUCAACAGGGCUGGGAAGGAAAAGAUUGCUCACAUCCCAGGCAUCAUUGCGGAACAACUUCUUGUGAAGUCAUUGACAGUUGCACGGUAUCGAUUCCCUCCAAUGUGUCAACUGGCGGCUUCCGCCUGAUCUCUUCCGGUGUGUGCGGCAAACAUGGCGUCUGUAUCAGCCAACCGAGCGGCGCCUUCUCCUGCGCAUGCGUGCCAGGCUACAUGGGCUCAUACUGUCAUCAGACCACACACCGCGCGUGUGACUCAUCGCCCUGCCAGAACAAAGGCACGUGCGUGAACAGCGGGGACAGUUACACGUGCAUCUGCAGGGACGGCUUCGAGGGUGCCACGUGUGGAAUCAACAUCAAUAACUGCAACCCGUUCCCCUGCUAUAACGGGGGCAAGUGCAUCGAUGGUGACAACUGGUAUGUUUGUGACUGCGCCAAUGGUUUCUCCGGGCCGGAUUGCAGAAUAAAUGUGGUGCGGUCCAAAGAACUGUCUGAGCCAGCCCAACAGCACUACGCCGGUGUUCCCGUGCGCUACCCAGCAGACGUGCGUGGUUCAAACCCACGUGACGUGCAUGACCCCGCCCUGCGUGCCGUACGGUGAAUGCCGGGACGUGGAGAGUGUCAAGGAGGUGUCGGGGCCGGGACAUCAGUGGGGCUGUGUGCCCAACAAGGCGCACCUGGGCAGCAACUGCGCCAAGAUCAUCCUCAUGUUCGACAAGACCAAGAUGCCACUGGGUAUCUCGGUGGAGAGUAUCUGUCAGAGUCUGCGCCAGCUGCCACAGCUCAAGGGUCUGGUCAAGGACGAAACGCUCUACGUCAUGUGUGCAAUCAAACCCCAGGAGAGGGACACGGUGGAGAUCACACUGUCUGCAAAGCUCAGUGGUAGCAGCCAAUCACGGGCCACGGUGACGCAAGCCCUUGACAAAAUGGCGUCUGUGCUGUCUCACAAAGAGGCAAAUAGCAGCGCCCUCUCAGCCGUCAUUGAGAUUCGUCUUGAAACCGCAGUAAAUGGGGACGACCAGGAAGGUCCAGACUAUCUGGUCCCCGUUCUGUGUUCUGUCAUCGCCAUCUUGGGCGUGGCUUGCAUCGCCCUUCUGCUCCUGUGGCAUGCCCGAGUACAGCGACGCCGCAGACGCCUUCGCGACGACUACUUGGCCAGCACUCAGACCGCGGCCAACAACGAGAACCAGGACAAUCUGAGACGCUAUCGGAACCCGCUCUUCUCUGGGGGCGACAAGCGGGGAGUGCCUAGGGCAGUGCCCACGGAAGAACUUCACGACAUGGAUAUGGACAAAUUCGAUAAAAAUCCGGGACGUUAUUUAUCCGCAGAUGACUCGUCGCCAGAUAUGAACGACAUCAAAGAUUAUCGGCGACAGCCAAAGAAAAACAAUAAAAAAGAUAUCAAUAUCCAGCUGUCACGUACUGAAACAGAGGUCGUCGUAUAGAGAGUUGAUAACUGUCUCAUCUUUUUGAAACAGAGAAAGUGCGAAGCCUAUUUCUGCCGUCGUCUGAAGUACAGAUGACUUCCGGGAUAGGGUCCUUUCAACGGUUCGUUUUGACAGUUUGGACAUAAUUAAAUGUCUAACUAUUCGACCUGACAACAUGCCAAAAGGAACGGACAUUGUCAGACCACCUGAUCCGUCUCAGUGCCGAGCUGCAAUAUAAGAGACUUACAUUGUCAGUCAUGUUCCGGACCAGCGCGUCCUUUUCUUGCAGUGACCCACAUUUUUGGUGAACACGUUUGAAAACGAGUACAGCAUUGGAGAAUACGUUAUUUUCGGCUGUUGAACGCUCGCGACCAUUAUUAUCGUACAGCUAUAGCCAUUGAGUAGAAGUUGGAAGCCACCAAUGGGGUAUUUUCGACCACAGAUGAAGGCUUCACGUUCAUUGAAAAUAAGAUCUGAAGGAAAUUCCAAUUAGAAAUUUACCUGAGAUUUUUUUAAGGACACAUUGCUUGAACAGGUGCCUUGUGCGUUAUCUUAAUGUUCGGAAAAUUGGAAUUUCCUACUACCAUUGCAAACCAUGGGCAUGAUGGCCUCAACUGUACACGUGGUAUGGGGAGUAGUUUGUGACUUUACGUCACCUUUAGUUCUUGAAUGAACUAUGAUGGUGUCAGUUUAUAGUGGUAUGCGGUGCCCUGACAUCACUUCGUCGAGUUGCUCGAGCAAUCAGGACAUCAUUCUAGGGAGCUGUAUGCGCUUUUCUGAGCUCUCUUGAAUUAGGGACAUGUCAUGCUGUUCCCCAUAAGUUUCAGGAAGCAUUUGAGAUCAUCCCUGUCCCCCCAAAGACAGCUCAUACCGCCCUCAAAAAGUGAGAUCAACCAAAUGCCAAAGCUUUUUUAAAGCUCUAAAUAGUGUGGCGAACAUACUUUUCAACUAUCCACAUUCAGAUGACUAAAAACUCUGACCGUGAGAAAUUCUUUGCAUACCGUUAUUACAAUAACGGUAAGGCCAUGCUCUGAGUUUAAUAAUGGCCUGCGCUGUACAGCGGAAGGUGGCCUUUCGUACACGUCCAAAAACAUGGCGACAUCCCGGAAAGUUCAAGGGUAUUCUCUGCUACAUCACUGUCCAUUAUCGCAUUUUUUGGUGUGCCAAAUUUUUGUACACUGUAAGUUUUAUUAUGGUAUUUGUAUUUCAUUGUGUGCAUAAUACGUGUAUGUGCUUGGUGUACCGCUACUACAUUUUAAAGAAUCACAUUAUAUGUUGGUAAAAUACGUACUUUUUGUAACUCUCACUGGUAAUAGUUCGUCCUUCUGUUAACAAAACGGUACGUCCAGUAGUUAGAAUAUUAUGACGCAGCUACGUAGAGUUACAACAGUACAGCAAUACUAACCAGCUACAUCACUGAAGCAUGAUAUUAUUAUUAUGUUGUUUAAAGAAACAACUGGUCACUACAGUUUUAUGAAGCAUCCAACUGUUACAAAAUGUCUCUCUUUGUGAUAAUCAGCCUUGUUGACGACAACGGCAACAACAGCAGCAACAACAAUAAACAACAGAAAUCAUUCGACAAUAAGCUCUAAAGCGAAGAGACAGAAAGACUUUCAAUACGGGAAGAUUAUUAAGAGGUUCAAUAUGGUGCCACUUAUAUUAGUCUUAUGGGAAAUUAUAUGUUAUGCCAGUUCGCUGGCGGUGCAUUCUGAGAAAGAUGAUUCUUGAGGCAGCGCUUUUGAGCAAGUCUUGUCUAAAGAACAAAACUGACGAAACGACUUAACAAACUUAACUUCACUAGUAAUAUGAAAUUCCAAUUUUGAAAGGCACUAGAUUUACGUAUUGUUUUACUUUGCCAUAUCACCCUGCAUUCUGUGCUCAGCUCUGAUGUAUGCGACAGAAUACUGUUUGCUUUCGGCAAGUUGUUGUGGAUGCUUUUCGCUGUACAAUGAACGAUGUGGGUCGUAGUAUUACCAGGCAUAUGGUGUGGAUGAUCUUGGUUCGAAUUUCUCGUGUGAUACUCUUGAAUUGUUUUGGGGAAUGUUCAUGGGUACCCACCUUUUUUCAUACGCUAAUUAGAGCCGGGCGUUAGCAUCAGAGGGGAGGGGGGUUGCUUUUUAUGUAAUAUAACGGUGAUGAGAAGGGUAUUGAGUUAAUACUACACCAUAUCUUUAGGCUUAAUCAAUUUAGAUAAAUUAGAAAGCAUCCCUCCCCCCUUCCAACCCACUCCGAUCCUCCCCCAGAACAAAAAUGUGAGAGGAAAUAUUCCAGAUAGGACGAAAAAACCCUCCAAAACAAACCUUCCAAAGAUUCAGACCAUUAGCGUAUUCCAACUUAAACAUAACAUACUGAUGUUGUACUCUACAUGGCCACAAUGGGCCGUGCUUUCUGGCAUCAUGGGCAUAAUUCGAUUCAAAUUGAUAUUACAGGUGCAUUUAAUAGAUUCGUAAAAUAGUGUAUCACUUUUGCCGACUUUAGAUAUAUAAAUCUCUAAAAUAAAGGCAGCAUGUCUUUUCUCGAGUGAACAGUACACUACACACUUAACAUUGACUUUCUUUUAAUUUAUUUUUUGCUGUAUUUUAGGUAGCGCACUGACACGAUAUUCAGCAACGAAUCCAUUAUCAAUUUCAUUUAAUUAACCGAUAUGGAUCUGUCUCGCCUUUUAUCAUAUUGUGGCUUAUCGGUGGAACGAAAGGAUAAAAAGAAAACUUACAGUACGGACUGAAUCCCAGAAUGAGUCAGAGCAUGCCUCUGCUAAGAGCUCUAUUCUAUCCGAGUUAGUUCGAUGGUAGUCAUGCUUAAUAAUAAUAGUGAAUUCACACCACUGAAGAGCUUCACGGGCGAGUUCAGAUUUAUUUAUUUACAAAGUCAUUAUGUAAAAACCAAGACUAGUCCAGUUUUAGUGAAGAAAAGUAUCAUUUAAUUGACACAGUAAUGGUCGUUGAAUUUGUGCCGGAAAAAGCAAGACAGACCGGCAAAAGAAAAGAGAAAAAAAAAUCUUAGGGCCUACAUGUUCAGCAUAUGAAAAAGAAGAAGUGGAAGAGAAGUCGGAGAACUAGCAAAGAAACAAUCUUUAAAUUAAAAAUCAGUAUAUUAAUUUCCGUGCUUCUAUGAUAACCGCUGUUUUAUAUCGUUGAAAGAAAAACUCCCUCAAAAGGAGAGGGAGCUGACAUGGCUUCAAGCUGCAAUGGUGGCUGUGUCAACUAUUUGCAAGUUUCUGUCAACAUCGAAGGCACGUGGGUGUAAACAGUUUUUUUUCUUCUGUGGUAUAGUUUUAAAGUAUCCGAACCAGUAAAAUAUUUGUUUAAGUUCUCUGAGAGUACAAGUAAUUUUAAUUAUUAAUAUUCCGCGGCCAGGCCAGAUACAGACAUUGUUUCAAGGAAUGAGGGUCUUUAAAUGCUCACAUCAUUCUGGUUUUGACACAAACUUUAGAGAUAUCCGCACACGGUUUAGGCUACAUAGUCUUUAUCUAACACAUAGGCCUACUUGAAUGUCCAUAAUUUGAGAUUAGCACCUGUAAAACUUUAUGCAGUACAAAUAUGAAAUUGUAAUCUUUUUUUUUUCCUCAUAUCGUUUUCAAGUUGCUAAAAGAAACCCGAUAAUAUUUCUGUUACGUAUUCCAUAGUUUCUGUCAGGUGUAUACAGUUUUCCCAUAUAAAAGUGAAAAUGUUGCAACCUGUUAUACAAACUGUUGAUCUUUGCAGCAUUCAUCUAUAAUAUGGUCACAUCAUCCAUCAUUAGAAGAGAUCGAUGCAUUGUUUGGACCCGUUCAUGCGCAAUUGUUGUACAUAUUUUGACAUUAUUUAUUACUCAAGAUUUGUGCGUUUGUUGUUGUUGUUUUUUGUUUUUUGUUUAAAUUCAAACCUUAUAUGAAGAAACAGACGUGAAGGCAAUCUGUUUUAUGAGGUUUCAAACACUGGGUUAUUUGGAGAGUUGCCAUGACAACGGCUGUUGUGUAUGAUAGAGGGCGACAGUCUAUAAUAUAAUUAUAAUAUGCCACUAACAAUCCAAGUAAGUCAGAGCAUGUCUUUGUGAUCAUACGAUAUCAUCGUAAAAAUGGCGGAAUUAUCUCAGAGCAAUAUCUUUCAACAACAAAAAAAUCAACACAUAGCGCGACAAAAAGAUAAAAACUGCCCUCAUUAAAUCUACCUUUGCUUUUUACCUUUUGGAAAGCUUCAAUAAGCGAAUUCCAAGAUGAUGUUAAUUUUUUUGAAGAACUAUUGCAAAAUAAUUCAAAAUGGCAAACCUCGCUUAAAUUCAUAGCCUAUUCCGCUUAAAAAGUGACUUGCCACUCCAAAGUUCUGAAAACAAUAGACUGCAUUCUUAAAUGGGAGACUGGUUACGGGGAAUUAGUUCCACAAUAAUGUUUUUAUACUCCUAUGGAGUUUAGCGGUACGCGACUUAAGAUAAUACUAUGCUCUUUAUUUACAUACCCAAAACUGUAAAUGAAAAAGACAAGCAGAUAAUUAUAGUGUUUGUACAUGUUGUUCUUUAUGACUGAAUUAAUUUUUUUCAGCAAAAAGAAAAAGCUGUUAUAAUCAUGCCUGCCCCACAUCAAUUGUUAUGAAAAAAUUGGGCAAACUCCAGUGACUCUCUAAAGUCGAACCGUUCCUACCGGAGUCUGAGCUUGUUUUCGUUGUUCAUGUUAUUGUUAUAAUAAUUAAUUAUGUUAAAAAACAUCGAUUUCGAAACACACAUAUUAUGUUGUAGCAGACCUCAAAAUUCAUGGUUCAAAAAGACUAAGGAUUUUCUUCUACACGCAUUUAUGUAUUUAUCACUUAUUAUUUGGAAAAGGACAUUUCUUUUCUGAUAUAAACUUUAAAGAAAAAAACAAACAAACUUAAAAACGACUUUCAAAAGUCAACCUGCAACGUCUAAAAGCUAAAGCAGUACAAUGGAAAGGAUAACCUCUUCGAGUACAUAUUUAUUGACAGACAAGGGUCAUCCCAAUAGUACUCUGACUACAUCUUGCGACGUCGCCUUCAUCAAUAACAGAAGCAACAAACGAAAAAAUACAUAUUAAUUGUGGGAGUACGUCUGUUCAUUUCCUUCGUGCAUCUUUACAGUUACAUGUGGCACUAUUUUACAUUCACUUUUCCACAAACCAAGUGAAAUUCCAACUUUUUCUUCGUAAAACUGGGAUUGUGAAACUGCGUAUCACUUGAAAUUUAGCAACCCUUUUGUGAAUACAUUCUUCUAAUUUUGUGGUGAUUCCGUGAUACAUGAGACACUCGCGAUUGGGAAGGCCGUGCUAAAUAACAAACAAACAAACUAACAAACAAACAAACAAACAAAACAAAA